GUUAUGGAUGACAAUCCCUAUCAUCUGCUUAUCUUUUUAAAUAUUAUUUGUACAUUUAGCAUAAAGCACAGUUUGUUAAUAUAAUGGGAUCUGAUGUGAUUCGGUAUAAUCCAGUCGUGCAUUCAACAUUUUAUCUGGUAUUCGUAUAAAAUGUAAUCAGCUUUCGCAUUUGAAGAAUAAGUGAAUGGACAGCGCAAUUCUGGCUAAAUAAUUACCAAUAAACUAUCCAAAUUAAAAAACUAUUCAGAAACUAUAUACAGCUGCAUAUUUUUCCUGUCUAUGUUGGCAUAUUGCAUUGCCGUUAUCCACACAUGUAUUCUCAACGUAAGACUAAUCUUAAGAUUAUGUGAUAAGUGAUAACCCACAGAUUUUCAUCUUGUAGACUGUAAAAAAUGUCAAUCUGGUUAAGGCGAAGGGAAUAUGAUCAAUAUAAUGCAAGAAAAUUUUCAAGAUCUCACAAAUAUCAUCUCAUUUAUAUUGGUGCAAACUCUAUUAUCUUUCUUAUCACUCUCGCCACCUGCAAAUCCAUGUACAUUUAUUUGAAUCACCACUGCAGUCAGUAUAUGUGCAUAUGUACAUACAUACAUAUGAGCACAAUUUUACUUUAAAAAAUAAUAAACGUACACUUUCCUAUAAUUUGUGAAGAAGAGUAUUUUAUAAAAAGUGCGAAAUGGCGUAUUUCCAAGAUUUUGAAAGUGAAGAGGAAGAUCCCAACCCAUUCAGUACCAUGAGUGACAUGGACGACGAUUCCCUACAACGGCUCAAGUUACACAAACCUCUUGGCUACCGGUUCCUCUCCAGACUCACUGGAUUAACGGAACUAGCACUACGAGAAUCAUUCACCACCACGCUGGUUAGUUCUGAGAAGUCAACUUACAACGAUAUCGACACGUAUUUCAACAAUGGUCAGUGUCACACGUUCAGACUCCGAAUGACCAAACUGUUUCGAAUCCGUCGAUUUGAAGAUGUGAAUUGUUUCGGAGACGAAAGUCAAAAUAGGAAAUUGCUUUGGCAUGGAACAAAGAGCGAGAACAUCACGAGUAUCCUGACCCGCGGUUUCACUCGACCUACACCCAAUGGUCAAAUGUUCGGAAACGGCUUGUAUUUCGCGGAUCGAACAUCGAAGAGUGCGCAGUACUGCCUUCCCUCCUUGAUGGGCUCUUCUUCUUCCUCACCUGCCAAGGGACAAAGGGGACAUUUGUUUCUUUGCGCAGUGUCUCUCGGGAAAAGCUACCCUUCGAAAACCGCUCUCAAUGACUAUGUCGCAGCUCCAACAAACUAUGACAGCAUUUUGGGAGCAGGGAAAUUAAUUCCGAACGCAAGUGAAAGCCGUCGAUAUCAUGAUGCCGAAAUCCCGUGCGGUAAAACAAUUAGUCGGCCGACUUCAGACAGCAUCCAAAACCCUCCGUUGAAAUUCAACGAGUACAUUGUCUAUGAUGUUGAUAAAAUCACAAUAAAGUUUUUAGUCGAAUUUCAAGUUGUCUAAGUAUAUAUUAAGCUAUCAAUAAUUACUUCAAUAAUGAGUGUAUAUUUAUUCCUACAAUUUAGCUUGCAGUUAAAUAGAGAAAGUUCUUGAAAGUUCUUGUGACUUUUGGGACUGUUGCAAUACAGCCAAAAAGGACAUACUGUGACAAUUAUAAUAUGCUUAGAUAAUUUCUUUUGUACGAGAUAUGCGCAAAUAUAGAUGACAAGUACUUUGGGUAUCCGUAAAAUGUACCCUUCCCACGUUUAAUAACUAAGUUUAACUCUGAAUUUCAAUUAUAAUUUCACACUUGUAAAUCUAAGUUAAUUACAUGUUUACAUGUGUAGGCAAAAUAAUUGAUUAAAACUUGUCGACCCUAGAAUUAGUUAUACGAGUAUUAUGCUACAUUGCUACAAGAAGUCCUGAGAUUCCAAGGAUUUUGUUUCAAUGAGAAUAUUUAUGGAAACAUGUUUUCACAACUGCUACUUCGACCCCAUGCAAAAAUGUGAAUUUAUGAGCAGCGUAAAUCAAUGUAAUUGUCAAUGUAAAUAUUUACUUUGUUGAAUUUCCACGUAUUUUAAUUGAAGUCAAGUAAUAAAUUAUAUUAACAAGAAAUGAAA